AUGGCUCCAGCAGAGACUGACGAUGGUGAGGCUGAUGACGAGCCACCAAAGGAUCCGCCCGCGCGGACAGGCCUGGAUUUUCUGCGAGCGCUACAUGCGGACCCUCCGCCUGUAGGCACUGCAGACCCGUCUGCUUGCAGCAAUGAGAAAGAGCCUGUUCACACUCCGUCUGCUUCUAAUGCCGUCGCGCCAGACAGUGCUCCCGCCACUGUCAGCGUCACAGAGGUCGGUGAGUCAUCGUCUGCAGCAUCGAAGAAGCGGCGUCGCUACGCGCAAGCCGUCCUACUGUUCGGCACGCCCCCUGCGAAACCGACUCCGCCUCCCGCUCCUGUCCAAACUCCGAAGCGUGCGUCCCGUGAACUCACCGACGCCGAGAAGGCUGAGGAGAAGUUUCUAAAGGCGCAGCAGCUAUACAUCACGCAGUGGCUGCCGAGGUUUGACUGGCUGCUGCUUGACAAGAACGAGGAGGGCCUGCCAAUUCUUCGAUGCAGCAUUUGCGUGGAGCAUGGAAAAGACGACGCGAAGUUCGGACGCGAUCUGCAGCUCGGAUCGAUGCGCUGUCACGAGAUGAGCGGCCGCCACGACAAAGCCAUGAAACGGCAGCGGACGCUCAUGGCGGAGAUCGAGAAGCAGAAGCGGAUCGACGAUUUCGCCAACACCGACAAGGAGGGCGCGCGGCUUACACGUCUCAUGCGCGGCGUGGAGUUUAUCUGCGACCAUGAAGCGCCGAUCGCGAUGUUCCCGAAGCUCAUAGGCUUCCUUGCAGAGGAGGGAGUCGAGGACAUCCCGCUCCAUGAAGCCUUGGUGGUCAAGGAUGUUGCGAAGGCUUUCCCCGACCUUAACAUGAUCGAUGCUGCUGUGCGUGCUGUGGGGGAGAUCAUCUGCCGUUCCAACAUUUGGUACGAGAGGUUCAAGGAGCUGCAACAAGAGAUACACAAGACAAACCCCGAACACCAAGGACUGUUCAACGUCAGAUGGCUAUCGCGGGGAGACGCUAUAGCGCGGCUAUGCAGAGUGUUCGGGGCGGCGAUCGUCAUGAUUUUGGAGUACAAGCACAAGAUUGCUGCAACAGUGCAAACGUUCAAAUUCCAUUCCUGUCUGUACUUUCUCGCAGACAUUCUUGCCGUGCAUAACUCCCUCAACCGCUUCUUCCAGCACCGCAAGGCAAGUGUGUUUGCGUACCUGUUUAAGUUUGGUAUUGUCAAAACUUUUUGUGUCUGA